UGAACGCGCUCGACAACUUCGAGGACGAGAAUCCAUUUGAGCAAGAUGGGGACCGCAUUCCGUCAGAGACUUCCUCCACAUCUCAAGUCGCUUUAUACGAGCCGCCCUCCCCCCCUUCGCACCCAUCUCGACAACUUUCACCUACUCUUACAAUCAACCGUCCACCGUUUCCCAGUCCAGGCUCCCACCGACAACCACAAGCGAACUUCAAGACUGACUUCUGUUGUACACGCGACCGUGUUUUGCACUCCGGGGAGGACGUAGAGAUCCUGGUCGUCGAUGCGCAGAAGACUUCCCUGAACUCGAGCUCGCCUUACAUUACCUACGUCAUCAAGACAGGAGAUACAGAAGCCCGGCAUCGUUAUUCAGAAUUUGAAAGCCUCCGCGAGAGCCUCUCCCGAUUGUACCCAACACUAAUUAUCCCGCCAAUCCCGUCCAAACAGACUAUCGGUGAUUAUGCAGUGAAGCAAGGAAAGGCGAAAGAGGAUGCGACUCUGAUUGCUCGCCGGAAGAGGUUACUCCAAACCUUUCUGAAUCGUCUCGCUCGCCACCCUAUACUCUCGAACGAACACGUCUUUCAUCGGUUCCUGGACGGAGAAGUUUCAUGGGACGAGGUAUUGAACUCGCCUCCACUUUCCCAAUUGCCAAAGAACAUCUUGAAGGCACCCUCCCACAACCCCACGGACCAAAACGCUUCACCUGCAUACGCCGCUCUACCUAAUCCUUCGGCCGCCCAUCCGCUACGACAGCCUGACCAACGAUUCAUGGAUUCAGAAGCCUUUACCAGCAAGUUCGCGAACCAUGUCAGUGGUCCGAUGGAGAAGGUUACUCGUCGAGUGGUUAAACGAUGGUCUGGACAUGCACAGGACCAUGCUGACCUGGGCGCCGCAUUGAAUGGCUUCAGCUUAAACGAGCCUGACACAUUAUCUGGAGCAAUUGAAAAGACAGGACAGGCAAUCGAUACGACGUACAUGUCAACAACGAAGCUUGUCCAGGAUCUAGAACAGAAUUGGGCCGAGCCCUUACACGAGUAUUCGCAGUUCGCCUCGAUAAUCAAGAAACUUCUGGCUUACCGACAUCAGAAACAUGUUCAAUAUGAAAUGACGCAAGAUGCUCUUGAGACCAAGCGAGAACAGCUGGAAGAAUUAGAAAAAAGUGAACGAGAAGCCCGCCGACUCGAAGAGGCGCUGUCUAAAGGUCGGGUUAACGGGAUCACUUCGCCAGCCAGCCCUACAUCAGAAGGCGAAACGACAGAAGAACAGCGGGAACCCACCACCCCGAACUCCGGUUAUCUGCCCCCACACCCCGGCCCUAACCCCGCCAAAAGACGAACAAAGACACCCGGUAUGGGCCUUCUAAACGCGUUGAGCUAUACACUGCACGGAAUCAUGGACGUGGACCCUGAAACUGCUCGUCGGAACGGGAUCACGAAAACGAGAGAAAACAUAUCACAGGUUGAGGAUGCUCUUCAUCUCGCCGCGCAAGACUUAAAGUAUUCAAGCUCCACGAUCCAGGCUGACCUGGAUAGGUUCCAACGUCAAAAAGUGGCGGAUAUGCGGGAGAUGGCAAUAAGUAUGGCUAGGAGCCAUCGCGAUUGGUGCAAGAAGGAUUUGGACGCUUGGGAAGAAGCGAAACGGGAGAUUGAGAAGAUACCGGAGCACCCUAACAAGGGGCCACCUGAGCAAGCAUCAUCCGGUGCCCCAGGUCCGUCUGCCAGAAGGAAUUCAUCGGCGACUGUCAACGGCCGUUGAC